CUCGCGACCCCAUUGCAGUGCCUCCUGCUACAAAGGUAGAUCAAGCGACCACUGCGCAUUAGAAUCUUUUUUUUUUUUGCCCCAAUGAAGACCCUUGUGAUUUUUUGUUAUUUCCUUUUAUGUCGCAUCAGCCUUGGUUUGGCAAACCUGCAUCCUUCUGAAGGACCAAGGGAAAUGGCCAACGAUGCUCCGGACUCUGUCAAGGUGUUCGAGGUCUUUUCGUCCCUUGUGCUCAUCGCAGACUCUAGCAACAACUCGCUGCUCGACUGCCUUCAUGCACACCGGUCAGAGUUGAACAUGAAAGCUCACACAGCGACAUAUACUUGGUUCCUUCCGAAGAUUGGACAAACUCUGCCGUUUUACUGCAAAGCAGCAGACCAUGGAGCCAUUACAUGUACAGCCGGAAAUGGGUUCAUGUACCCAUUCCGGGAGAUUGAGUAA